AUGGCUGAUCGCAAGCAAUCGACGUACAAAAAGCCGUCUGAGCAAGACAUGUCCAGCUUGGUCAGAGCUUUUCGAAAGUUGAGUCCUACGAAACGUCAAUACUUCGAGCUGACUAAAUCGGAUUCGACAUCGUCAGUGUCAUCUGCAAGCAGCUUCGCUUCCAAUUCUUCCGUAUCGAUGACCCCGCUGCAAAAAUCAUCAAGUUCUUCGAAAUGUCAAAGUGCAGGUCCACAACCCGGAACGUCUGGGAUGAAGGACAAGGAUACAAAAAAAGAGAAGGAGCUUCUACAAAAGUUGGAGAAAAACGUCAAGGAUACUUCUAAAACCUUGAAUGAGUACGUUGCUAUUCAUAACCGUAAGAAGUAA